AUGGGAAAAUCCAGCAAGGACAAGCGCGAUCUCUACUACCGGCGGGCCAAGGAGGAAGGCUGGCGUGCUCGUUCAGCGUUUAAAUUGCUACAGUUGGACGAAGAAUUUGGACUUUUUUCCGGAGUGAAAAGAGUGGUUGAUUUGUGUGCGGCCCCAGGUUCAUGGUCCCAGGUGUUAUCGAGGGAAAUAUACAAGAAUCUGAAAGGCGAAGAUGCCAAGAUCGUGGCGGUGGAUCUUCAGCCCAUGACACCCAUAGAUGGCGUGAUAACCUUGCAAGCAGACAUCACACAUCCCAAGACACUUCAACGAAUUUUGGACAUAUUUGGCGGAGAGCCAGCAGAUUUUGUCUGUAGCGACGGAGCCCCUGAUGUUACUGGAUUGCACGACUUGGACGAGUAUAUCCAAGCACAAUUAGUUUUGUGUGCACUUCAACUCACUACGUGUGUGUUAAAAGAAGGUGGAACUUUUGUAGCCAAAAUCUUCCGGGGCCGAGAUAUCGACUUGCUAUACAGCCAGCUUGGUCACUUGUUCGAGCGUGUUGUGUGUGCCAAACCAAGAGCUCUGAGAGGAACGUCGUUGGAAGCAUUUAUUGUGUGCAUUGGUUACAAGCCUCGUCCAGGAUGGACUCCCAAUAUUGCCUUGAGUACCGAAGAGUUUUUCCAGGACGCCCAGAUUAAACCAGGCAAUCUCGAGCACUUUGAAAUGCCCGAAGAAGAGCGAACUGUGGCCGAAUUUGUGGCUUGUGGUGACUUGAACAGUGUAGAUUCCGAUGCCACUUAUGUCGGAGGAAUCAAGUCUGGACUUGACCCAGUGCAAAUGCCCACGGCACCGCCAUACAAAAGGGCGUUGGAGAUGAAGAGGGAUAAUAAAAGAGGGAAAUAA